UAGAAACAAAUAUACUCUAAAUUUGGUAUGAUUUUUGGGAAACUCACAUGCAUUUUGCAAAAAUAGGUCAAUGGAUGAAAAUUAAUACUUCCAUGGAAACUAACUAACAACAUUUCCGGUGGAUAAUGUGAUUGGAAAUUUUCUAUUCUAAGCCCUUAAGCUUAGGGAUAACAGGUUUAACCAUGGUUAGUUUUUCCCUCUUACCACAUCAUAAAAACCUACUACUUUCUUUCAUACUCAUUCUAAUUUCUUUCAUUACUCGAUAAUUGCAAGAUGUCGCCAACCAAAGAUAAAGCUACAAUGGAAAAUAGUGACGAUGAGGGAAGUAUUCGAACCGUUAAGGCUAACACCAUUGAUGAGCUUCAUUCGCUGCAAAGGAAGAAAGUUAUUACUCCCGACAAAUCUCAGGAUGAUUUAAAUACUGUUUCCGGAGAAGAGCGUCACAAACAACAACUUGAAUCUAUCAGUGCAUCUCUAGCUUCAUUGACAAGAGAAACUGGACCCAAGGUGGUGAAGGGAGAUCCAUCUGUGAGAUCAGAAACAGGAAGGGUUGCUCAUGUGCCUCACCAACGUAUCACACCAACCAUUGCUGUCAGUGACAGUGCCCUCAAGUUUACUCAUGUUCUCUAUAAUCUCUCUCCAGCAGAACUUUAUGAGCAAGCAAUAAAGCACGAGAAAGGAUCGUUCAUAACUUCAAACGGAGCCUUGGCCACGCUUUCAGGGGCCAAGACCGGACGGUGUCCGAAAGAUAAGCGUGUGGUGAAGGAUGACCUCACUGAGAAUGACCUUUGGUGGGGAAAGGGUUCUCCGAACAUUGAGAUGGACGAGCACAGUUUCAUGGUGAAUAGAGAAAGAGCUGUUGAUUACUUGAACUCUUUGGAUAAGGUUUUCGUGAAUGAUCAAUUCUUGAACUGGGAUCUAAAGAACAGAAUCAAAGUCAGGAUUGUAUCUGCUAGAGCUUAUCAUUCACUUUUUAUGCACAACAUGUGCAUUCGACCGACUCCUAAAGAGCUUGAGGAUUUUGGAACACCGGAUUUCACUAUUUACAAUGCAGGAAAGUUUCCGUGUAAUCGUUAUACACAUUACAUGACAUCUUCAACCAGCGUUGAUAUUAAUCUUGCGAGGAAAGAAAUGGUGAUUCUCGGAACACAAUAUGCUGGUGAAAUGAAAAAGGGUCUUUUUAGUCUCAUGCAUUAUCUCAUGCCUAAGCGUCAAAUCCUCUCACUGCACUCCGGUUGCAAUAUGGGCAAAGAUGGCGAUGUUGCUCUCUUCUUUGGACUCUCAGGUACUGGAAAAACCACUCUUUCAACGGAUCACAAUAGGUAUUUAAUCGGAGAUGAUGAGCACUGUUGGAGCGAGGACGGUGUCUCAAACAUUGAAGGUGGUUGCUAUGCAAAGUGCAUUGAUCUCUCCAGGGAGAAAGAACCUGAUAUCUGGAAUGCAAUCAAGUUUGGUACAGUCGUGGAGAAUGUUGUCUUUGACGAUCAUUUUCGAGAAGUUGAUUAUACAGACAACUCCGUUACAGAAAAUACUCGUGCGGCUUAUCCAAUUGAGUACAUUCCAAAUGUGAAGUUACCAUGUGUUGGUCCUCACCCGAAGAAUGUGAUACUAUUGGCAUGUGAUGCAUUUGGUGUGCUUCCACCUGUUAGCAAGCUAAGCCUGUCACAGACAAUGUAUCAUUUCAUCAGUGGAUAUACAGCUUUGGUGGCUGGCACAGAAGAGGGUAUAAAAGAGCCACAGGCAACGUUUUCGGCUUGUUUUGGUGCAGCAUUUAUAAUGCUACAUCCUACAAAAUAUGCAGCCAUGCUUGCUGAAAAAAUGCAAAACCAUGGUGCUACUGGAUGGCUUGUUAACACUGGUUGGUCUGGUGGAAGCUAUGGUUCUGGAAGUCGCAUUAAACUGUCUUAUACAAGAAAAAUCAUCGAUGCGAUUCACUCCGGAAGCCUCUUGAAUGUUGAGUACAAGAAGACUGAGAUUUUUGGACUUGAGAUCCCUACUGAAGUGGAGGGAGUCCCCUCAGAAAUUCUCAACCCUGAGAACACGUGGUCAGACAAAACAGCUCACAAAGAGACAUUGUUGAAGCUGGCUGGAUUGUUCAAGAAUAAUUUCGAAACCUUCACUGACUAUAAGAUUGGCGAAGACAACAAAUUGACAGAAGAUAUUCUUGCAGCUGGUCCAAUCUUUUGAUGCGUAGGAAACUGAAGCACUCUUGUGUUCGGUUUCGCUGAGAAGACCAAGGCUUGCUAUAAAUAAAGCUUGGAAACAGUAUAUGUGUUUUUGACUGAUUUUAAUUAACUUAGCUGCAAACUAAUUUAUCCCGUUUAUGCUGUGCUUUUAUUUCUGCAUAUUUAGUUGACUAUUACUAAGACAGUACAGAAUCAUUAUUGGAUUCUAACCAUGUUUGAGAAUUUGCUCCAUCUUGAAGGAGAG